UCGCGCGCGCAUCCUACGUAGCGACCGCCCCAUCGGUAAUGUUCUAAAAUACGGACAGUAUCGGUAAAGUUGAACGAACUUUACCGAAAAAUCAGUGUUACAUGUUUAGAGGACUGUGUAAUUUAUUGCGACGUUCCUCGGGACGAUCGAUCACAUCGGCGACAUCGAUAACCGAGACAUCCUUUCGUUCCCGAUAAAUUAUUUAUGCUCAUUAAUUGUGAUGAACGAGACCAGUCGCAUUCCCUGUGAUUACUCAUUUAUGACGCGUUGAAACUGAGCUUUUUUUGGGACUCGAUUGAUUUUGGAAUGUGCCAGUAAGAUGGAGACAUUAGUACUGAUUCCGCAGGAGUUGAGCCUGGCGCUGAGGCCAGGGGGUGCCCGAGGUCGGGAGGCGUCUGUGAGCGUGUGGACAUCCACAGAAAUACAAAGAGGUGCGCUACUGUAUCCGUUCCAAGGCACGAUAAGGAUUGAUAAGCUCCAUGUCUACUCGUACGUGCCAGAUCAUGAUAUACGGCAUAGAUUCGGGUUGUUUGAUGAAGUUUGUACAUCCGGUGGAGUGCAAGUAAGGCAUUGUAAUUGGGUGCGAUUCUUGCGAGUUUCAGAAAAUUAUGGACCACAAGUGAACCUAGUCUGCACCAAGGUCAAGGGUGAGCCGGUGUACGAAGCUGUUAAAGCUAUAUCACCUCACACGGAGUUGGUCGUGUAUUAUUUACCUGAAAGGCCUGAGGAGUUAUUCUUUGUUAGGAUGAGGAAUAAUUUGUAUAGGCAGACGAUGGAUUCUAUUUUGGAGGAUUCACCGUUAGAUCUGUCUACUUCCCUCCUUUCUCGAAUAUUAUUACCAAUUUCACCUCCUUCGGGGCCUGAAGACGAGCAUAAGUCUGUUUCUGGUGAUUCUCUUACAUCAUCAUCAGCGGGUUCUUCGAGUGAACUGUUAGAUAUGACCCCAAAAAUCCAAAGAAGGCCAGCGAAGUCAGAGAGGGCUUUAUUACCUUGUGAAGUUUGUGGAAAGGCUUUUGAUAGGCCGUCAUUACUAAAGAGACACAUGCGAACGCACACGGGUGAAAAACCUCACGUGUGCAUGGUCUGCAAUAAAGGUUUCAGCACAUCAAGUAGUCUAAAUACACAUAGAAGGAUACAUUCAGGGGAGAAGCCUCAUCAGUGCCAGCAUUGUGGAAAACGUUUCACGGCCAGCUCUAACUUGUACUACCACAGAAUGACUCAUAUAAAGGAAAAGCCGCACAAAUGCAGCCUGUGCUCCAAGUCCUUCCCAACUCCAGGAGACCUGAAGUCACAUAUGUACGUCCACAGCGGCUCCUGGCCUUACAAGUGUCACAUUUGUUCCAGAGGCUUCUCAAAACACACCAAUCUGAAGAACCAUCUGUUCUUGCAUACCGCAAAACAUCAAAGAAACACCGCCAAGGAAGCCACCUGAAAAAACAAAUAAUGAUGUAAAUAAUAAUAUAUCUGUAUAUGUUUAUUCAUAGAACAUAUAAAAAGUGUGAUAUUAGACGUAGUUAGAUGUAAGAAUAAUUUAUUUCCUUAUGUAGAUUUUACUUAUAAAGUGAUAAGUAUCGAUAAAACCACUUUUUCAUGAUGAUAUUUAAAAUUUAACUAAUUUUAAAACAAUUAUUUAGUGGUGUAAGUUAUCAGUUGAAAUGUGUGACUAACAAAAUUGUUAUAUCUAUGACUAGCUGCCGCGGUUUCACCUGCGUGGAUCCGCUCCUAUUGGUUUGAGCGUGAUGAUAUAUCAUAUAUAGCCUAUAGCUUUCCUCGAUGAAUGGGCUAUCUAACACCGAAAGAAUUAUACAAAUCGGACCAGUAUAGUUCCUGAGAUUAGCGCGUUCAAACAAAUAAACAAACAAACUCUUCAGCUUUAUAAUAUUAGUAUAGAUAAAGCAUACAAUUACAGUGAUUCAUACAUGAAAUUUUAUAUUAUUUACCUUGAGUAAAUUAUUUACAAUGCUUUUGAAAUGACUGAAAAUUCAUGUACUUUCAGGAUAAUUGUAUAUUAAUAAUAUUAUGUAUUAAACAAUACAAUAUUCAUUUAUAAAUGGUUAAAACUGUAUAUAUUAGUUGUAAGUAUCCUACAUAGUAUUAUGUAGACAAUGACGUUAAAAUAUACUAACAUUAUGUUUGUAUAUUGUGAUUAUCGCGUCCGUCCAA